UCCUGAUCCGAGUAGAACGGAUGUACCAACGUAUAUACUAGUACAGUACUUUGUAUGCUUUGUACGUACAUUAUAAGGAGGAUCAUAGAGGGCAGUCUCUCGCUUUGAUCUGGAAAUAGCAGCCAAGGCGUGCGGCUCCUCGCCGCGAUACUCUUCCCUCUGUGGUCGAUCGCCUUGGCCCUUCUUAGGACGGGGUCACACGUACCGGAGCGCCGGCCGGCCAUGACGUCCACCCACACCCCCGGUGACCCAGGUUCUUCGGCAGCCAGAAGGAAGUCCUCGUCCUGUCAACAGGAUGAUGAGGAUACCAGUUCCAAUUCUCACUUGAACAGCCUUUCGGAGGAUGUCAUGCAUCAUAUACAUGCCCUAAUGCCGAUGCGAGAUGCCGCACGUGCUUCCUGCGUGUCUCGGUUGUUUCUAAGUUCCUGGAGACACUAUCCUAACCUCACCUUCAGCAUGAAAGAACUGGGCUUGAUUAGACAAGAAGGCACGGAGGAUGAAAGAGCACUUAUUCUUAUAAGCAUUAUUGAUCGUAUUUUGCGAAAUCAUUCAGGCAUCGGAGUGAAGACGCUUAAGCUUCAACUUCCGAGGAACUGGAAAACACUAGACAGCUGUUAUGUCGACAGGUUUCUUGAAACAGCUAUUGCUCCCGGUAUCCAAGAAAUCACUGUGAUGCUGCCUUGGCACAGUUACUGCAAAACAGAGUACAACUUCCCAUGUUCACUUUUAUCUGGGGAGAGCGGGGAGUCGAUUAGGUUUCUUACACUCACGAACUCUAGUUUCCGUCCCAUGGCCGGACUUGGUUGCUUGACGAGAUUGCACUUGCGGUCUGUGCGUAUCGGUGAUGACGAGUUGGGAUUCUUUCUUUCGAAUUCGUUGGCUUUGAGGCAUUUGCAACUCAUCUAUUGUGGUGAGAUCAUCUGCUUGAAGAUACCUUCCCUGCUUCUGCACCUAAGGUCCCUGGAGGUGUUUGAGUGUAAAAUGCUACAGGUGAUCGAGAACAAUGCCCCAAAUAUCUCCAUUGUUGACCUUGUAGUUAACGACCAAGUGGAUGUCUCACUCUCACUGGGAUAUGGUUCAUCGCAAGUGAAAAAACUCCGAAUAUCUUCUGCAUUUGCAAGUUAUGGUCUCUGCAAGCUUCCAUCAAUUGCACCCGGUCUUGAAGCCCUUAACAUAUCGUUAUUGCCACAUGAGCGGGUGAGCACGGAAAUGGUGCCUGGCAAAUUCCACCACCUCAAGUUCUUGAAUAUUUCCCUUUCCAUGGCCUUGGAAGCAUAUGAUUAUUUGUGUAUGUUAGAUUUUCUUGACGCUUCUCCUGCCUUGGAGACUUUUAUCUUGUGGUCGGCGAGGAUUAGCAAAAGCUAUGGUAGGAUUGAUGGUGAGUUAUCACAUUUGACGCGUAUGCAAGAAUUUCACCAUGGAAGCCUCAGGAAUGUGACGAUCCAUAGAUUUUGCAUUGCCGAGAGCUUGAUUGAGCUAACCUGUCGUAUGCUUCAGCAUGUAUCUUCACUUGAGCGCCUAACGUUGGACACCACACACGGUUACUAUAGGUGUUCCUCGAGUAGAAGCGGCCGGUGCUUCCCCAUGGAGACAUUUGCUGUCCGUGAAGCCCAGGAAGCACUUGUUGCUAUCAGAAAAUACAUAAAGCCGCAAGUACCCUGUAAUGUCGAACUGACAGUUGUGGAACCCUGCAGUUUCUGCCAUGUUUCUGACAAUUGAUGUUGGACAUGUUUAAUUUCUAGCGCCCCUGCGGUGAGCCGCAUAUUGGUUGCCGCUAUACAUGUGUUGCCAAGAUAAGAUAAAACUGAAGAUGGG